AUGGACACAGUGUUGGUGCCGCCAUGGCUUGAGCCAUUGCUGAAAACACCGUUUUUCAACAUGUGUCGGAUUCACGCCGAUGCAGCUCGAAAUGAAUGCAACAUGUAUUGUUUAGACUGCAACAAUGGCGACGGCGCCUUCUGCUUUUAUUGUCGUUCUUCGAGACACAAAGAUCAUCCAGUCAUCCAGAUAAGAAGAUCAUCUUAUCACGAUGUAGUGAGGGUGUCAGAGAUUCAGAAGGUGUUGGACAUAAGUGGAGUACAAACAUAUGUGAUAAACAGUGCCAGAGUUUUGUUCUUGAAUGUGAGGCCUCAACCAAAAUCUGGUAAAGGAGUAGCUCACAUUUGUGAGAUUUGUGGAAGGAGUCUCUUGGAUUCAUUUAGGUUCUGUUCUUUGGGAUGUAAGCUUGAAAGAAUAAAGAAAAAUGGAGAUGCAAGCUUUGCUAUGGAGGGGGGUAAGAAUGAAGCAAUGAGAAUGGAGGGGGUGUCAAGUAGUAGAUCAGAAGAAGAAUUGCGUGAAGGGUCAACACAAGAUAUGUAUCCUGUCACACCUCCUCCACCUCCUUUAAAUGCAAGAAGAAGAAAAGGUAUUCCUCAUAGGGCACCUUUUGGUUCUUCAUUCUAA